UAUACGUAUGUGGUUAAAAAUAUCAACAAAAAUCUAAGCAGAAGUUGACGUGGCUAGGAAUCUAAACCGCAAUUUUGCAAAAGUUUUGAUGUUGUUUUGUAACAGAAGCAACGAUACUGAAUUAUUUUCUACAUAGCAACCAGACAAAUAGAGAAUGGCAGACUCAGAAAAGAAUGAGCAAGAUAAAGGGAAAGGCAGAAAGAAUGCUAAAAAAAAGACUGGAUCAAAACCUGCAGAAGACAAGUCAAAGAAAAUGACAACCGCACAGACAUCUAAACCUGCAGAAGAUGAGGCAUCUAAACAACCAUCCAAGCAGAUAUCGAAGGAGGAACCAGUUACUCAGGUGACCCAAAAAGCAUCUGGUGAUGCAGAUGAGCUGAAAACAGAAGUCAUGGGAAACAUUGUGAAAAAAGAUGACAAAGAGAACAUUGUGAAAAAAGAUGACAAGGAAAACAUUAUGAAAAAAGAUGACAUGGAAAAGAUUGUAAAAAAAGAUGACAAGGAUGUUGCUUCUGUUCCAGAUAUGAAGGACACACAGAAGGAGUCUGGUGCUGUGGAGGAUGUCCAAACGGGUAGCACAGAGGAAAAGUCUGAUAAAGCAGACGUAAGUGCUGCGAGUCAGAAUCAGAAAAAUGAAACUGAGAAGUUGGGAAAGCAGAAUAAUUCUAAUCAAAGCACUGAAGAGUUGGUUAGUGAUAACAAAGACACAGCUGAUACGUCAAACACUGUGAGUGGUACACCAAAAUCACAAGACAUACCAAGGUCAGUGGAAAAAGAACACACCCCAGAGCAGGACAAGGUACUCGAUGAGCUGUCAGAGGUAGCUGAUGAAUCUGGAAGUUGGGGAUGGGGAAAAUCUUUACUGAAGACUGCAUCCAGAUCUGUCACAACAUUCACCCAGCAAGUUGGUGAAGGUUUCACAACAUUUGUUGAAACAAUUGAAACUGGUCUUGGAGCACCUCCAGUGGAUGUUCUUGCCAGAAAUACAUCUGAAGUCUGGGAAACCGAAAGAAACGAUAAUGAUGCAUGUCCUGCAACAGAACAGCCUCACAAGGAAAGUAGUGAAAUAACAAAACCAACUGAGACUGACCGUGCAUCUGUAAAAGAGGCUGAGAUUGAAACAGAGACUGAGUCUGAAACUAAACCUGAAGGUUGUGAAGAAAAGCAAACUGCUGAAGCUGCUAGUGGCUGGUUCUCUGGGUGGGGAGUUGGAAACCUAACAUCCAAAAUACAAAAUACGGGCAAAUCUUUCAUAUCUGGAAGCCUUGAUGCUGUGGAAGCUGUGGCCACAGGAGGUCUGAACGUCCUCGAGACGAUUGGCAAGAAAACAAUCGACGUUCUUAACGAACAUGAUCCUGAAUUCAAGAGGACGAAGAAUAUUCUCUUCCACAAGAAGGACAAGGUGACCCUGUCGCAGGUUUUACGGGAUGCUAAGGACCAGGCAGAGCACAGAGUUCAGCAGGAUCAGGAGGCAGAGGAAUCGAGGAAAGCUAACUUUGGUGCUAUGUUUGAUGAAUUCCAAGGUUUGGCGCAUCUUGAGGCUCUGGAAAUAUUAUCCAAUCAGAGUGAGAAACAGGUGCAGAUGCUGUUGGCGGCCAUGACAGAUGAAACUGUAGCAGCUCUGAAGCCACAGCUUGUGAGAAUGAAGAACACGUUUGAACUGGAAGACAACGAUGAUGAUGAUCAACAGGAGCAUGAAUUUUCUAAGCUUGUCACUGAACAUUUAUCGGAACUUCAUCUUGGAACAACACCAGACAAAAUUAACAAGACCCAGGAAAAAAUUCGACAGUGGAUUACUGAUUUUUAUACUAAAGAUGAAGCUGGAGAAAAAACAGAGCCAAAGGAGAUUCACCAGUGUGCUAUCCAGAGUUUGGCAGAAAUAUCAGCAAAAGCUGUGGAGCAGUUUCACAAAGCAGGUGAACUGCUACUGCUGCAGAAAGAUUCUGAUAGGAGUUGCUAUGACCGAGCAAAGAGUUUGGCAAGUUUCACUCAAGUCCUCUGCACAGAGAUUGGCAUCUUAUCCACCAAAUUCUCUCAGUGUCUUAAUAAAGCUGCUGAGGAUAUUGAAGACUCUUCUCUUGUUACACCAAUGGUUACCAAUAUCUUUCUGGAGGCAUCUAACAGCAGCACAUAUAUUCAAGAUGCCUUCUGUCUGCUGCUUCCAGUGCUACAACAAGCUGAGAUCCAGAGUAGUCAGACGACGUCAUGAUCUGUGUUCAGAUUCCUCAACUUGGCCUUUCCAUUCUUUACCACUGUUUAAGAACAUUGGAAUUUGGUUCGGCUGAAUUCCGAACAUUUUUUUAUGUCAAAUUGAUGUGCUAUUUAUAAGUCAUUGUUAGUAAAAUGACUGUGGAAUUGUCUUUCCCACCAUGUUAAAGUAGAUUAUUACUUGGCAUUUUCUUCAUGCAUCAAAAAACCCAGAAAAAUGCAUUAGUUGAAUGGCAUAUUGUCUUAACAAUGGUGUGGAUAUAUUGCAUCUUGUGAAGACUAAUUUUGGCACAAAGCCAGUGACCAGUUCUCUUUAUUGUAGUUAAUGUUUAUUUACAUACUCAGCAACUGUAGUGCAAUUUUGUUGUGUAAAUAAAUCUGUAGUAAUUCAUGUACAUAUUUGUUUAAUAAAUAUGUAAUCCCUUAAAUGCAAUUGGUGGUGAUGAUAUAAUUGAUCUGGGAAUAUGGUAUAAAAAUCAUUAAUUAAAGGUAAAAAAAUCUUAGUUUUAUUUAUUACAAUAUUAUGUUUUAUUUAAUCAUGUAGUGUUCAAGAUAAAAUACUGUGAUAUGAUGUGGCAUUAUAAAAUUAAUAUAACACAGCAUCAAGCAAGUUAAUACUGUGUACAAGACAAAUGCUUUCUUAUACCGUCCUUUACAUUUGUUGCAAAUCAAAACCAAGUAAUGCAGAAACAUUUGCAGAGGGGAUGAACACCCACAUACACAUAAAAUGAACUUUAAAAAAGAAGUAUGUACCUGCAUUUGCCAUGAUGAAUUUUAUUUGUAGAAAUAGUAUUUCAAACAUGUUAUCAAGGAAGUAAAAUCAGUUCAGCUAAACAAAAUUAAUACAUAGUCCUACAAAACAAAAUUUGUUUGUUAUUAAUAUACAUAUUUUCAGUUGUAAUUAUAAUUAUUUCAUUUGCUAUAACAAUUUCGUACAUGACUAUGUAUAUAUAUAUAUUCAGAAUAAAACAAAAUUGUACAUCCUGAAUUUUUUUUAUUUAUAAAGUGUUGCUUUUACUAGCCUUUGUCAUGAAGAAUUUUACUUUUAUAAUGCAGGAACUUGGAUUUUAGGACAUGUAAUUUUCAAAUUUAAAAAACCCCACUGACCCUGAACCCCUUUAGAAAUUUUUUGGAUGUCCCCUGCAAAAUUUCUGGCAUAUGUGCCUGUUAUUGUGUUUCUUUUUUUUUCAGGUAAUAAUUUAUUUAAUAUAUAUAUAUUUUUAAAAUGUAUUGUACUGAGAUAUGAUUGACCGUCAGAGUAAGUAAUUGCAUUUGUUUGGUGUUCAUUAAGAAAUUUAAGAAUUGUUUUGUUUUGGACAUGAUCAUCAUAUUAACAUCCAUGGUAUUACCGUAAACAGAUGUAUGUGAUAAGAAAUCUUAACACUAAUAUAUUAAACAUAGUCAACACUUGCAUUGCUCAGGAUAUUAUUUCGGUUUCGGGUUUGCUUUUAAUAGUUAAAACCUUUUUAGAAAUGUAUCAUGAGAAUACUGUUACUGUAAAUAACUAUUUUUAAGGACAUAUUAUGUAUUUGAUGUUCAUGAAAUUGGUUGAUGGUCAAGAAAUUGGGCUUUGCAUGUACAAAAAUGGGGCAUUUCAUAUAUACAUAGUUUAUAUCCAUCACUAACCAUCUUUAAUUGUUGUUUUUUGUAUUAUUUGUUGAAAUGUUUUCAGUGUGUCAAAUGCACCGUGUAUCUCCAUAAUUUUGACUCCAUGCAAGUCAAGAUUUGUUAAAAUACUUCAGAUUAUUACUUCCUCACAAUCAAAAUGUAUACAUUUUUGUUCAUAUUUUGUGAGCCAUGUAUUUUUAGUUUAACGUGCAGUCAGGCACUCUUGCUUACAGAUUUGGAUUCAAAUAGUAAUUUUGUUUUGUGUGUGGACCAGUGGGCAUUAUUAUGUCUAAUAUUCAUGGAUCAUUGUUCAAACUAGAUGUCCAAAACACAGAAAGUGAAAUUAAUAAUCAUUAGCGAGACGUUUAGACACCAACAUCAGGAACAAUAACCAAUAUAUGUAUCUUUGAAAUGAAAACAAUUUUGUCUUGUAAUUUAACUGUCAAGCCAAGAGUCAAAAUCAUGGAAGAUGCCAAUUUUCUAAUUUUGUCUCGUAAAUGCAGAAGCUAGUGCUAUGUAUACAAGUUACACAUUUCAAAUGAUUCACAAAAAUCCUAAAACUGAUAGUGAUCAUUUUAUGCUCUGCAAAGUAAAACAACUGGAUGGAUCCAUAUACAGUACUAGAAAAGAAGAAAACCAGGAACUUGAAUUACAGAUUUGUUAUAAAAUUUAUUCUCUCCCCCACCCCAGCCACCCCCAAUCAUGGGAAUAUGUUUAUAACUAAAAAAAUUGACUGGAAAUGGACUUUUUAAUAUUUUUAUGUGCAGGUUGGUUUUUUAAUUUUGUAUUUCAAAUGUAUUUAGUCUCCUAGAAAUUGGUCAUGUCAAGACUAGAAUGUCAAGUUACUUCAUCACAUUUGGGAAAUAAGCCAGAAACCUGUCUAGGCCGACACAAUAUGAAGCAAUAUUCUAAUCGGUCCAUUCCUGUGAUAUGUCACCAUUGUUUUAAUUCUAGUUUUCAAGAAUUUACAGCUGGAAACAAUGCAAUUUGACGGGUUUUUUUGCAUUAAUGUUGAUAAUUCGAACCUCCAACUAACUGAACUGUAUAUGUUAAACAGCUGUAGUGCUUUUAGUCCAUGAUAAUACAUAUCUGAAUAAUCGUUCAAGUAAUUUAAGCAUAAAUCUGAUACUAGUCAUUGUUAUGUAGUUUGACAGAAUACAACAGAGAUCGUGGAAUACUAAACCAGCAAUAGAUUAUGUUUAGCACAUUUAUCACUUAAUGAUACUGGCCAAUGUAUUCAGUUGAGGACCAAAUAGAUCUUGCCAUUUUUGGUUAAUAGUUUUCCAAAUAAUGCUUGAAAUGUUAACCAUUUUGUUUCAUUAAAAUAGUAAUUAAUUUUUCAUCAGUAUUGAGCAUUUCAGUGAAAUCAUGAAUUACGGAGAAUGUACUUUCAAGUGUGAAUACAUGUAAAAUAAUUAACUGGCUGCUAUAAAGCUCCUGAAUUAUUUUUCAUACUUUCUUGUGUAUUCUCCACUACAUAAUUUAUGCAAAUUCAUUGUAUAUCAUCUAUAUGCAAAGCUGAUUAAAUUGUUUUUACUACUUGAGGUCAAACUUGUUUAAUAUGUUAUCCGUAUAGAAAUAUAUAUUCAAAUGUUGCUUGUACAAACAAUCCCUCCAUAUUAUUAAUGGUAAAUGUGUAUAAAUUACUUAGAAUAGACCAAUAAACAAUUUCCAGUUUUGGAUUUUUCAGUUA